CAGCCAUCGCCAGUUUCCCAUGGAAAAUUGGUGAUGAAAACAUUCCAGCCAUGAAAGAAUUAGCUGAACUGUACUCGAAUGAAGCAAUAGCACCACUCACAGGUUUCGAUAACGGUAUGGUCAUCUAUCAUAGAUCAAUAGUGAACUUUUUUAUUCCAUUUUCACCGCGUGGUGAAGGCGGUUUCAAGGGUAAUCGGACACUGUGUGCACAUUUUCUACAGAUGUUUGCUCAUUUACUAUUUAAUGAACAUGCCAUACGUUUGAAUAUACUCGAGUAUGACAAUUACUUUCGCAUCGAUAAUUUGGUACAUGAUAAAAAAUUUUCACAAAAUAUUAGAUUUAAGCAAGGUCUCGCGUAUGUUCCUGAUUUUCAACAUCCGUAUGAAUUUCCCCAAAAUGAAGAGUAUAAAACUUUUUUGUCAAGCGGUCUGAAACAGCCGUUUCGGUCUUGGGGAAGAACAUUAACCAAAGAGUACAACUUAAUAAAGCCCUCAAUUCCUGAGAUUAAAACUAAUUCAUUCGGAGGCACAUGGCUAGUGAAUCGUCUAAAUAGAGUCUACGAUCUACGUCAUCAAGCACUUUCGAAUAAUGAAUUUCUUGCUCAUAUUACCGAUAAACAGAAAUUGGACGUACUACAACAAACGUCAUUUAGUUUAAGAAUAAUUAUAUUAACAAUGAAUCGUUCACACUCGUUUCGACGAUUAUGGAAAUCAUUGAUGAAUGCUCAUCGUAUAAAUAGAAUAAUAAAGAUUUUUAUUUACGUAGAUUUUGAAAAAGAUGACAUCAAGCGCCAUAAAUAUCUUAAAUAUUUAAAGAGUUUAAAGAGUCUACAUGGAGAUGUUAAUCUUAUCGUUUAUUCAACACAUCGUGGGCUAAAAACGAUCAUGAUGGAAUCAUGGCAAUCUCAGAAUAAUGAUGAGUAUGCUCUAUUUUUUGAAGAUGAUAUUGAGGUAUCGUCUUAUUUUCUCCUAUACAUUGAUAAACUUGUUAAAGCUUAUUUUUAUGGUUUAAAAUUAGAUAAACGUCUGUUUGGUAUAUCUUUGUAUAAUCAACGAUUUAACGAGGUCAUUGAUGAAUAUGUGAGUGUGUCUAAUGGACAUCAACCUUAUCUAUAUCAAUUACCGCAAAGUUGGGGUGCUCUCUAUGCGCCAAAUAUGUGGCGAGAAUUUUUGUUCUUUUUGAAUGACAAAAAUGAUACAUUAAUUCCAAAUUCUUAUACAAAUCGUUGGCCAUUUAAAAAUAGUUGGAAAAAAUAUUUGUUACGGUACAUGUUACAGGAAGGUGGUUAUCUUAUUUAUCCGAACUUUCCAAAUAAUCAUUCGUUAAGUACAAAUCAUUUGGAAAUUGGUAUAAAUGAUAGAUUAACAAAAAUUGAAAAUAAAUUACCAAUGCAAUUAAAAUUCAAUGUACCCUUAUUAGAAUCACGUGAUACAUUUAAUCAGUUAGAGAUACCAGAUUUUGAUCGUUUACAUAUCUAUAAUGCUUAUCAUAGAAAAGUUGAUUCAUUAGACGAUUUAAAAAUGCCCAUAAAUAAUUUAACAUCAUUUGAUAGUUGUACUAUGAUUUUAACUGUUUAUGAUCGAGUAAAUUCAACAUUAGAUCGACUCAAAUAUUAUCAAAAUUUUACCUAUUUAUCAUUAAUAGUCGUUAUUUGGAAUAACAUAAAUAUUCAACCUUCAUUUAAAUUAGAACAAAUUAAAUUAAAAAUUCCUGUUCAUAUUUUAAAAAUGAAAACAAAUUCAUUGAAUAAUCGUUUUUAUCCAUAUAAAAUUAUAAAAACGGACUGUAUUAUAAAUAUGGAUGAUGACUGGGAUAUGCCAUAUGAUCAUAUGGCAUUUGCCAUUGAUACGUGGCGUGGUCAUUUCUUUCACAAUCUUGUCGGUUUUUCGCAUCAAGGUAGAAAUCAUGUUAUACGUUAUAUUAACGGUACACUUAGAUAUUUAUAUAGUCAUACAGUUUUGUUACAAAAAAAAUUGGAACCUAAUAGAUAUCCUUUCUAUAGUAUAGUACUUCCAUCCGGGUUUGUUUAUCAUCGUUUAUAUCUUGAAAAAUAUACGUAUGAAUUACCAAAAAGUGCUCGAGAUCUAGUAGACACAGUUCAAAAUUGUGAUGACAUUUUAUUUAAUUUUUUAGUUUCUAAUUCAACUAAACAAGGACCGGUGAUAAUUGAUUCAUUCGCUAAACCUUAUAAUUUUGGUGGUUUAUGGAAACGACCAAUUCAUUUUAGAACUCGAACAUUAUGUUUAAAUAAAUUUCAUGAAAUCUUUAAUGGAAUGCCGCUGAAAUAUACGUCAAGUUUAUUUAAAAUCAAUAGAAAUCAGACAGUACCAGGAAAAAAUAAACAUAUUUAUCAAAAUCAAAUUCCAUUUAAUUAUCCGUGUAGUAGAAAAGUAUUAAAUGAAUCAAACGCCUGUGCUUUUAUUCUAAAACGUCGGGUAGAAAUUACUGAUAAAAAAUUAUUCUGA